AUGGCAGAAUGAAUACAACUAUAAAAGUAUUAUCUUUACAUUCAGAUCGAUCGAUCCCGACCUUUGAUGCGAAGAUUUCUAGGUGUAAAUAGAUAGAAAAGUUUAUUGAAACAGUUUGAAACUUUCUUAAUGGUAUUUUCGUGUACAGUAACACCAGUGCAGAACAGUAAAGAUGUGAUUCUUUUGUGAUAUAUCGUUAAACACGGUUAUGUUAUAUGACCGAUGUAUAAAAAUAUUCAUUUAUAUUGAGUGGCGGCCGAAGUCUUUACGUUGGGCGUUAAGAUUUAUUAUUGACGGGACGGUCUGCGAAGCUUAGUGCAAGACAUUAUGAAGUUAUGAAAGGAAAUCAAAAGUGAAGUGGCAGGGUUUUUAAUCUUAGAGUAUUAGUAAUUAUAUUUCCCAAAAGGAUACUUUAACAGACGAAAAUGUCGAGGCCAGAAGAUAAGGGGACAAACCCACAGAGGAAAUUAGAGCGAGAGAUGCGGCUAGGGACUAUAACAUCACGUCGGUCUUUGAUGGAACGAGAAAAGGCAAUGGAGGCAGCACGUAAUCCGGGCGUUAGUAAAUUUGGAGAUUGCCUAGUCAAUAUCAAUUUGAAAGACGACAAGACGUUGAACUCUAACUUAAGAAAGAUAAAUUCCGAAAUAAGGCGAAUGCAGUUACAAUUUAACCAUAAAAUGAAAUACUUUGUUAAGAGAAGUAACGUUCUGAAUCAUGAUCCAAUCAUUCUUGUUGAGCGCCCGCCAUCACCGGAAGUUAAAAAGCGCGCGCAUUUGAUGGAAGAGUACACCGGUGAAGACGAUGUUCCGGGUGACGAAAACAAACCGGGUUACAUGAAACAAAUACGCUCUAAAGCUAGGACCCCGUCAACGUUAACCACUAUUGACGCAUUCACUGUCAAGCAAAGAAAGAAGAAAAAUGUAUGGGAAGACGCUGUUGAAGAAAAGUCGCGACCGGAAUUCGAAAGUACUGUGCGACCUUUCGCAAAAUUAACGAGUCGCGAGAGGUCGGACUUACAGAAAGGUUAUGAAUUCCAUAAACCAAAAUUAGAAAAUUCUGGCAAUUCAGAGCCAGGAUCGAGAGAAGCAUCGCCACAUAGGAAGAAAAUAUCGACUGUUAGUGACGAUAGUGACUUUGAAGAUGAAAUUACACCCUUUAUUACUCAAAUGGCUGAAGUACGGAACAAAGGACGGGAUAGGAAAGAAAAAACAGUAGCGGAAAUAAGCUUAAGAGCAAAGACUCCAUUAUUUGAAAAGAGAGCAGCAGGUAGUCAAAGUAAUAAAACUUUAACUGUUGAACGUAUGGUGAGGUUCAAGUCUCCUGUCAUGUCCGCCCCUAAGGCAAGAAAUGCUAAUCGAAAGCUCAAAACUAAAGCAACAGAAAUAGUGUAUUGAAAUAAACGCUCAGUGAAGUGCCAGCAACCUAUCGUUUCGUUGGUCAGGUUAAAUUUACAGAAUUGAGUGUCUGAUAAAAACUUUAUGUCGGUGGAAGUGCCAACAUAUCCUGAUCACUGCCAUGACUUUCUUCUUUGCUCACGUAUUCCUUCAUCUCCGUAUACCGGAAGUUGUGACGCAAUGAAUAAGUGCCGCU